AUGGAGAAGGGCUAUGCCACCACAUCUCGGAAUCGCACUCCGCCACCGCGCGACUACGAGGACGCGCUUGCUCCCGAAGAGACCAAGGGACUGUUAUCGGAGUCUGACUCCCACUUCGCCGACGCGCCGAACCCGGAGGAUGUGUUCGCUAGGCAGCCUAAGCGCUCGUGGAAACGAAGUCUGGGACUGGGCUCUCUGCUAGCUCUUGUACUGCUGGGAGUGUACAGCGGUGCUGUCGUAUAUCGGAGAAGUGAAGCGCUUACCCGGGCCAAGGCGUUGCACUUCGAGGGAGAUGAGUUGAGGUCGAACGGGACGCACGAGUUCAAGAGGACGGUGCUGGUGGUGUCUAUCGACGGAUUGAGGGCAGACUAUCUUGACCGCGGCUUCACGCCACAUCUGUUGGAUAUCGCGAAGCAAGGCUUGAGGGCGAAGUAUAUGAAGCCUAUCUUCCCUACCUUAACCUUCCCUAAUCAUUGGGCUCUGAUGACUGGCCUCUACGCCGAGUCGCACGGAAUUGUUGCGAACAACUUCUGGGACGCCGCAACCGACUCCGAGUUCCACUAUAAUCAGAUUGCCUCCUGUUGGAAAGCCCACUGGUGGUACGGUGAGCCUAUGUGGGAGACCGUGGGUAAGCUGGGUAGGAUUAAUGCCAACUUGAUGUGGCCCGGUCCGCCGAAGACAACAUCCGGCGCUUCGCCGACUUACUUCGAGCCGUGGAGGGAUCAUGUACCGUUGCAAGAGAAACUCGAUCAAUUGCUCACCUGGAUCGACUUGCCUCUUGAGGAGCGACCACAACUCCUGCUUGCGUAUGAGCCAUCGCUCGACCAAGCAGGCCACGCCACCGGACCCUACUCUGCUCGUGUCAAUCGCACAUUGCAAGAAGUCGACACCUUCGCCAAGAACCUUCAUACCGGCCUCGUGCAACGCAACCUCACCUCAAUCGUAGAUGUCAUCUUCGUCUCCGACCAUGGCAUGACAGACACCUCUCACCCUGAACUCGUAUACAUGGACGACUUUCUCGGCGCCGAAGGACUCGCCGAUAUCUCUCACGAAGACGGCUGGCCUUCCAUGGGUCUGCACUUCAAGAAGGGCUCAAACAUGACGCACUACUACAAUAGGUUGUUGAGGGCCGCGGAGGAGAACGAAGGGAAGUUCGACGUGUAUACGCCGGAUACCAUGCCCGAGAGGUACCACUUCUCGAAGAGCGCACGGAUUGCACCGGUGUAUGUCGUGCCGAAGAUGGGCUAUGUGUUGACGACGAGGGCAGAAGGAGACGUCGGUUUGACCAAAGGUAACCAUGGUUACGACAACAUAUACUCCGAGAUGCAUGCCAUGUUCGUAGCGCACGGCCCGUUCUCGGCCGUCGCGAAGGCAGUACAUCAAUCCAAGCGCUCCAUCCUCCCGUCUGCACUCGGCUCACUAUGGAAUAAGAACGCGGGCUGGCACUCGACGAGCGAUGAUACGUAUGUGAUGGAUGGGUUUGAGAACGUCCAGGUCUAUGGGUUGGUGAUGAAGCUGCUGGGAAUUGAGGAGCAUGCGGCGAGUACUAACGGUACGAGGGGCUUCUGGGACAAGUACUUCUAG